AUGCACCAGAACGGAAUUGACAGCAUCACCCAACGCGAUGAAGCUGGGUGGUCCCUCUUGUGUUAUGCGGCAGUGAAUGGCACGCCUAGCCUGGUAUCCACCAUUCUGAAACGGCGGGGAGAUCCUAACGACAGCAUUCGAAAACCCAAGCCAGAGGCAAAGCACAUGAGUCUCCGGGCUUGUGGUAGAGUGCUUGGGAUUUAG